AUGAUACCUCGAUCCAAUAAUUCGGUAGAAGGCUGGCACAAUGCAUUUGCUAACCGUGUUGCAUUAAAUCAUCCAAAUAUUGUGAAAUUGGCGGAGAAAAUUCGUCGUGAACAAUCAAAAUUUGAAGUGGACAUGGCGAAGAUUCUUCAAGGUCACAAUAUUAAGACGAAAAAGGCCUGCUACCGAAAAUUGGAUGAACGUAUUAAUCGACUGAAAACACAAUUCUUUGAUUACAAAAAAAAUGAUGCUGGUGGAAUACAUAUUGAUUAUAUCAAACAGAAUGUAAUUGAAACAUGUUUGUUUUAUGAGAAAGAUGAUAAAUUUUACAUCGUAAACGACAGUUUUAAUCAUCAACAAAUUGAAUUAAGUAUUAAUGAAUUUUUGGAUUCAGAGAAGCGAUUCGUGCAUUUACAAUCACUGAUCGGUCGAAUAGAAUUACAAGUCAAUGCUCUUAUUCGAGCAAUAAAUGAAGAAGGGCGUCCAUCAAAUACAGCUGGUAGUGGUCCAGGUGGAAAUGCUAUCGUUAAAAAACAAUAG